AUGGCUCCUCUUUCGUUGCAUAUUGUGGUUUUGGAUUGUGAUACCCCGGUUCUGAAUGUGUACGCAGCGAGGGGCACGUAUGGGGAUAUCUUUGAGGCGUUGUUGAGAGAUGCUGCUUUUCACACACAAGGUGUUCCGGAGUUGGAUUUGGAGUUCAGUAGUUUCGACUGUGUUAGAGGGAACUUGCCUACGGUGGAGAAUUUGGAUGGAGUUGAUGGAAUAAUUAUUACAGGUUCAGCUGCUUCAGCGUAUGACAAUGCACCUUGGAUUCAUUCUCUAAUUGAAUUCACCAAAGAACUUUACAAUAAUCGCCCACAUAUCCGCCUCUUCGGAUCCUGCUUCGGUCAUCAACUUAUAGCCCAUGCCCUCUUUUCCACUCCCUCCAAUCCAGUCGUAGCUCGCGACCCCAAAGGCUGGGAAUUAGGCGUCCAACCUAUCUCGCUCUCGGAUCCCAUUCUCUCUCAUUUCGGUCCCGUCCUCAGCAAUCCCUCUUCUCCGACCCAACUACGCAUGCAAUUCGUGCAUGCAGACCACGUAGUACUGCACCCCAUCCCAGAAGGAUUCGCGGCACUAGGGAGCUCAGAACAUUGUGCCUUGCAAGGAAUCUGGCGGCAAGGAAGAGUAUUGACUUUCCAGGGUCAUGCUGAGUUUGAUCGAUUUGUGAAUGGGGAGACAUUCAAAGUUUUUUCGAAAGCGGCGGGCUGGGAAGAGAAGUACUUGGUGGAGCAGUUGAAGGGUGUAGAGAAGGAUGAUGAUGCGAUAUGGGCUGCUGGAAUGAUGUUGAGGUUCUUUUUAGAAAGUGAGAGAAUGGCGGACGAGGAAGUUGGGAGGGGGUCAGAGGGGAUUGAAGAGGACAGUGAGGUUAUGGCAAGGUUGUAA